UUAUAUUUUUAUUUUAAAUCCUGUUGGCAGACAUCAUUUUGGGGGAACAUUUCCGUGUAUCCUAACUGGGAAGGACGUUGUUUCAUGUUAUUAGUAUCGUAUAUACAAGAGAGAACAGUUACAUGGCUGUCACAUUAGGAAGAGGAUGUCACAACGCAGUGCUCUGUCUGAGAUAGAAAAAUCAUCCGAUAGAACGAGGUCGAGAAAUUUCCUCUGCAAUAUCUGGUCAAAUCAGAGGUCUGAGGAACAGAUUACACAAGAAGAGUUCCAAAACGAUUUUGUCGAUACAUUUGAUGAGCAGAAUGUAGGUGGAAAUGAAUUUUCUAACAUUGAGGUAACGCAGCAUGCUUUGCCUAAAAAAAUCACAUCAGACUAUUCCACAGACUCUCAAAGCAAAGACCACAAUCUAAAGAGCAAAGAAGUCAAUGAAGUUGUUGUUCCAAAAUCAGAUGAUCUGAAACCGACCAUUUCUGGGUUAGAUGAACCAGAUGUGAAUUGUUAUGACUUCUCAGAAAUGGGAGCAGGUCUACAUAACUCUGAUGUUCAGGAUGAUGAUGAUACAAGUGACUAUUUUGACAGUGAAGACGAAUACUUUGAAACGUAUAGAAAGAAUUUUGAAGAUCAAAGAUCAAUGCAUGGCAUGGUGUAUUCUCCUUACAAUUCUGAAGGAAAUGGUAGAUACAGUAGAGUUAUAGCACAAUACUAUAAUAUGCCGGUAUUCAUGAAGUCCAUUCAAAAGUACGCAGAUAGCAAUGGUUUUGAAGUACAUGAUGUUACAGCAGACGGAAACUGUCUCUUCAGAGCUAUAGCUGAUCAGCUGUCAAUCAACGGUGUAUUCGGAAAUUCGCCUGAUUCACUGCGAAAUUUUGUUCUCAAGUAUCUUCGACAAAAUCCCUUACAAGAGGAUGGCUCACAUUUAGAAGCUUUCCUUUUUGCCGAAACAUGGGAACAAUAUCUAUCAAGAAUGGAGAAAAACACCGAAUGGUGUGAUCAUAUCAUUCUGAGAGCUUGUGUAGACGCACUAGGGAUGAAAGCUGUGAUUUAUAACGUGUAUGAAACAGAUGUAAGACGCACUGAAGUCUUGCCUGGAAGCCAUCAAGGACGGACGGACUGUUUGACGAUUUAUCUCGGUCACUUUGGAGAGUUUCACUACCUGAGCUUACGACCAAAGAACUGGGAGAGGGAAUGGCAGUGCAAAGCACUGUUGUUCAGAUACUAUACAUGUACGAAAACCAUGGAACGUGGUGCAAGGCAGGACUUUCUUGAGAAGAAAAUCAACAGCAUGAAAACGCUUAAUGUUGCAGACAAGGGGGCCUUAACCAAUCUACUUGGAAUUACAUCAACUGACAGAGAGAAUCAGACUGACAGAAAGCGUACACGUUCCCAUGAUCUUGGGUAUCCAAUCUGUAAAAUGUACGGACUGUCUGAUCUGGAACCAGAAGAAAGUAAAGAUUCCCAGCAGUGCUGCAUAGAAGACAAUUUUCACAUCGACUCAACAACAGGAAUACCACUUCCACAUUUAUCUUUCAUGUUCAGGCAUUUGAUACCUCGAAUAAUGAUUUUGACAUACUCUCAGUAUAUACCACCAGUUACUGUAGACGGAACUCUGUUUCAAUACAUUGGCACUUACGCAACGGGAACAGACGUGUAUUUGAAGGAUAUCACUAGAGAAAAAAUGAUGCAAAGCUCCAACGAUCAAAUGAUAAAGGACGCAACCGUUGUUGCACAUACUAUGCAAGACUUAUUGUCCAAAAUCAUGGCUGAUACAGCGUCAACCCAUCCGGGAUAUUUACGUGUAAAAGUUUUGUCGUCUGGUACUGAAUUUCCUGCAAAAAGUCUAUAUCGACAUGCAGGACAGAUUUAUCUGAAAAAUCUAGAAGUUCCACAGGAAAUGACUCUCCCCCAGAGAACGGCGGAAUGUAUGGUAGGAUUCCAAUGUGAAUUUCCAUUAACAACGAAAGAGUGGCGUAACAGACCAAGAAAAUUCCAGUGGCCCCCAAAAGAGGUGAUCGCUGCAAUUCACGAAUCGGGAUGCACCGUGAUCCCUAAACACCACCCACAAAGUUCUCAUCCAGAGAUUGAAUGGAAAUUUAAUUUCUCUAAAUCCGAGACUAUACUCUUCCGCAAAGCUAUAAUUGUUUCGACAGGUCGACUACACGGGUUCGAUACACUAAAAGUACUGCUAGAAAGUUGCAGUGCUGGACGACUAAAACACAAACACAUCAAAGCUAUCUUUUUCAGCUGCUGCGAACAGAUUCCAGAAGAUUCAUGGGACACAAAUUUUGGAGGAGCUAUACUUUAUAGUAUAUCUUAUCUGUUGGAGUGCUUAAAAAGAAAAAACUUGCCACAUUAUUUUAUUCCAAGUAGAAAUCUUCUUGACUGCUACACGGAGGAAGAAAUUGACGACAUUUACUUUAAGACAGAAGCUGCUCGGUUGUUCCCUGUACAAACUAUUCAAUUUCUUGCCUCGAAAUACGGAUAUUCAUAUGGAUCAAAGUUAGAAGCGAUCAUUUUUCAAAACUGUAGAAACUUUGCAAGAAACCGAAACUUAGUCCAAGCUUUUAAAGAUGAUUUUGUCCCUGGAACCAUACGAACAGUGAAAUUUUUGGCUAGACGGGGAUUGUAUGAUGCAGCAUUUAUCCUCCUUCGCGAUACCUUCGAAACUGGAUUUUGUUCAUCUGGAGAAGAAUAUUGCAGUUUGGCCGAGUUUUUCUGUAGUGCUCUUGUUGAGCUUCGACAGAAGACAUCUCGAAUCGUUUUGGCAAAAAUGUUUGAGAACGAAUGUGGCAUUAAUCUAUUAAAUUUCAUCAUGAGAAAAGAAUGCUUAUUUGUUAAGGAUAUCUUACAAUGGGAAGUAAGUUUCAAGAUUGCCUGGCUUGAUAUUCCAGCAGAAAAAACGAAAAAAUUUGAGUUACUGGCAGAAUUCUUUUAUGAAUUUAGCAAAAAUGAAUUGAAAAGGGACAAUACCGAUUUAGCUUCUCUUGGAAUUGCAGAAGCUAUCCACUGUUUGGAGCGAGCCAUUCAAGACAGUAACAUGUUGGAUGUUACAGAGAUUGAAGAUGAAGAUUUAAAUAAGGAAAUCCUGGCACAGAAAUCUGAUAUAAUGAAAAGGCUGAAAGAAAAACUAAAAGACUGCUUUGUACAUGCAUAUUGGAUUUCACAGUUAUAUCGGACAUUUAGCCCACUUCAAAAUUAUAUGCCGGCGAUAGAAGAAUUGAGCAGAGAAUUGCCAGAGAUGUAUGGCAUCGUCAGCAUUAUGUUUCGAUUCCUACACAACCACAACAAGCGAAAAGAAUAUGAAGAACUUUAUGAUUUGUACUUGGGUGCAGGCACAUGAACGUGCAGAAACAACAUGAAGUUCCAUUAGGUGCACACUUGGCUCUUCUUCGUCGAAUAACCAUUCUGUAUAAUAGGUAUUAGGUGAAGUUUUGACAAGGCUAAUCUCGUGAACAUGAUGCUUCAAUAUUAUCAUUUUAUUUAAUGAUAUUUGUCAUUAUUUUCAUCAUGGAUUUACAAUAAUUCAAAAUUGUCACACAUCCUUCUAAGUUUCUUCUUUUAUUGAAUUAAUAUUACAGUUUACUUUUUAAAUUUUUUUAUUAGGUACGAAACAGGUACACCGAUUGACAUUUAUUUAGUGCUUCCUAAUUUUGACAAGUGGUAAUGAUAGAUACACCAAUCAUUAUUGUAGUCCUUCCCAUUACAACAGAUAAUUUUGUGCUUAUGAUAAUAUAUAGGGUAACCUAUAUGCUACACGUGUUAAUCUAUGUUAAUAUAUAGGGUAGCCUAUAUGUUACACGUGUUAAUCUAUGUUAAUAUAUAGGGUAGCCUAUAUGUUACACGUGUUAAUCUAUGUUAAUAUAUAGGGUAGCCUAUAUGUUACACGUGUUAAUCUAUGUUAAUAUAUAGGGUAGCCUAUAUGUUACACGUGUUAAUCUAUGUUAAUAUAUAGGGUAGCCUAUAUGUUACACGUGUUAAUCUAUGUUAAUAUAUAGGGUAGCCUAUAUGCUACACGUGUUAAUCUAUGUUAAUAUAUAGGGUAGCCUAUAUGUUACACGUGUUAAUCUAUGUUAAUAUAUAGGGUAGCCUAUAUGUUACACGUGUUAAUCUAUGUUAAUAUAUAGGGUAGCCUAUAUGCUACACGUGUUAAUCUAUGUUAAUAUAUAGGGUAGCCUAUAUGUUACACGUGUUAAUCUAUGUUAAUAUAUAGGGUAGCCUAUAUGCUACACGUGUUAAUCUAUUUUUAUUCGUUUGUUUGUUUUACCCCCCUUCUACAAAUUUUUCACUCCUUAGUAUUUAGAUGUCGUUGUAGAUGAACACGUGGCAGUAAGGGACCUCCGUUUUAUGUUCUUGUUCAAUAGACCCGGAAAUCUCGGUUCUAGAUGCCGAAGUUUGACGUAGUACCUAGCAAUACGCCAGUUUCGAGAUACGAACUCUUCUGUAUAGGAGAUGCAUUUAGUGGAACUUUGAAUGCCUAAGUGGGACAGAGUGGAUAUGCAGCCAACGAGGAAGACGAUGAAAUGUAUUAAAAGCGGCUUCUCUUUAAAUAUGUAAAUGUGGGAAAUACUAAAUACUAUCGAAAGAAAUGUUUUACCGAAGAGGAAACAUACAAACAAUGUCAUAUUUGCAAGAAAUAUCUUGGAUAUGGUACUUAUGACCAGCGAAAUAACGUGAUAGGAUAAGAAUUCUAUGUAUUUAAUUACUCCCUAAAUACUUAUCACUUACUUAGUUUGUGUAUCAGUCGAAUUCGGGUUAUCAAACAGCGUAUGAGAAACUUACUGAGUACAUUCACUUACACUGUGAUGAAUAUCUGUCCCACUCCCGCGAGUAAACAAAUUCUUUCGCGCCUUACUAUGUACGAGAGUUUUCCAAAGGGAAAUAACUCGGACGUAUCUCGAAACCGGCGUAUUACUACCUACAUGUAUGAUUACAUCUUAGGCACUAUCUUCGCAAGCCAAGUGUUCGAUUUGCUUACUCUCAUCUCUCGCGGCGGAUCCAGGAAUUGCGGUUACGGGGGGCGCCACUAUAUGAGGCAGAGGUUCUGGGGGCCACCAUGAAGCUCCUGGAUUUUGCGGAUUUUAUAUGGUUUGAAAUAUGUCUCCUAUUUAGUCUUUAUACUAUUUUCUAUCAUUUUUUUAUCAGGUGAAAUUAAUAAACUGACGCAAAUUUUAAGGGUUUUUUGUUGUUGUUAAAAACAAGUUCUCCCAAUAAAGUAAUUCAAGAAA